GUAAAUGAACAAUUUGUUGGUACGGAUAUAAAAAUUAAUGCAAUAUGCAAGAUAAUAUUAGUGAUAUAGAUGUUGUAAGAGAAGAAAACAAUAAUCCUCCAAACGCAACGGAAGACGAUACACCACUAACAAUAAAAGAGAGAUUCCAAUAUUUCUUUAAAACAUCUUGGCGUGGUGUUGUGUGCGUGAUAACUCCUCUUAUAUUUAUACCAUUAUUGACGCCAUUUCCACCAGAGAAAUACCAAUGGUGUGCCUACACUCUGAUGUUGAUGGCGAUAUACUGGGUAACAGAAUGUAUUCCACUGGCCAUCACUUCAUUCCUGCCUGUAAUGAUAUUUCCUCUAACUGGUGUUAUGGAUACGUCUGCUACUUGCCGAUGCUAUAUGAAUGAUACUAUCAUUAUGUUCGUCGGAAGCAUGGUUCUUGCUUAUGCCGUAGAACAGUCUGGUCUCCACAAAAGAUUAGCCUUAUCAACAAUACGAGCUAUCGGCUACUCUCAUUACAGAAUAUUGUUUGCGAUGUCGUUUACAACCAUGUUCGUAUCCAUGUGGAUAACCAAUACUGCAGCAACCACUAUGAUGGUGCCUAUUAACUUUGCGUUGUUGAAGGUUUUUGAAGAUCAAAAUUUGCUUUCGAUUUACGAAGAGGAUGCGAGCGGAGACCGAAUCGCCACGGACAUCACAACAUGUUAUUUUUGCACGGCUACAUUUUCAGCAACUAUAGGCGGUAUCGGAACUUUAGUUGGCACAGCAACAAAUUUGGUGUUCAAAGGACUUUUCGCUAAAGCAUAUCCCGAUGCCCCGGAGUACUUAUCAUUUCCGAAUUUUUCAAUUUUUGCGAUACCAUACAUGGUUAUAAUGGAGCUGGCCAUGUAUUUAUUGAUGCUAGUGAAGUAUUUGGGAUUCUUAAGGCCAAAAAGUAAAGCAGCAAUCAAGUCCAAGCUGUCCCCGGAAGGAAUAGAAGCUGCCAAACGCGCUGUAGACGUCGAAUGGGAGAAAUUAGGGAGAAUUACAUUUUGGGAAAUCAUGGUGAUAAUUCUAUUCGGCGGCGCUAUAGUGAUGUUUUUCUCCCGUUCACCACAAAUAUUCCCAGGCUGGGGUGACAAAAUAGCCGAGCACUUCGAUAUAAAGCAACCUAAAUUCGUUCAAGAUUCGGCGGCUGCUAUGCUGGUGGGAUUUUUAAUGUUUCUUCUACCAUCGCAUUUAACCAUAUUCAAAAAUUGUAAAGCGAAAACUUAUGGUGAGCUGACGGAUAAACCAAUUCCUUCGGUUCUGCGUUGGAAAGAAAUGAACGAAAUUAUGCCCUACAGCUUCAUGUUUUUGUUAGGUGGCGGUUUCGCCCUUUCUGAAGCAGCUAAAAAGGACUACUCAGACCUCAACGGGAAAAUAGGCGAAAUGCUAAAGAACAUGCAGAGUUUGCCAAACCUUUUCAUUAUUUUACUCAUCAUAAUUUUUACGGUGUUUAUCACUAAUUUCGCUUCGAACGUCGCUGUGUGUAAUGUUAUCGCCCCCAUAGCGAUGCAGUUGGCAAGAGAAACAGGCGCAAACCCACUAUGGUACAACAUCGCUGCAGGAUUUUCCGCUUCAUACUGCUUCUGUCUACCAGUUGGCACACCUGGUAACCUAGUCGUGCAGAGUGCUGCCAGCAUACCUACUGGGAAAAUGAUUAUAGCCGGCGCGGGACCAACAGCAAUAGCAAUAAUAAUAUCCUGGGUGGCUCUUUGUUUCUGGGCUCCAGUCAUAUGGCCUGACCUUCAUAUUCUUCCCGACUGGGCUGGCAUGAAUUAAAACACUCAAGUCAUCAACUAUAUUUAUUUAAAACUAGCAUACAUUAGCUACUAUAUUUAACUCCAAUAAUGCAACCAAUAAAACAAAUUAUAGAAUAAAUAGCUUAAAUAAAACUUAAAA